CUUAUCUCCUCUUGAAUUGAAUGUAUGGAUAAAUAGCCAAACGCACUUACACUUGCAGAGCUGAACCACAAGAGACGACCAUGGCAGCGUCGUGUGCUACACAGUCAUGUCUGAUGUUAACCUACGCGCCCGCCUCCUCCAUUGUGAACUCGCAGGACCUGACCCCCACACUCCUCUCCUUCAAGCCCAAGGCUUUAUCUCUGUGCCCUUUGGCGUUGGCUUCUGGAGAAAGGAAAUCAGGGAAAUUGAGUUUCUAUUCGCAUAGAGAGACCAGGUUUGGGUUUGUUUCGGCUGCUGUUGCCACAGGUACAGAGGUGGCCGAGAGUGUGGAAGAGGGAGAAGAGGGGGUUUCGGCUGUUGAUACCACCACAGCUCCUCCGCGCAAGCCAAAGACUGGAAAGGCCGCAUUGCCAUUGAAGAGAGACAGAACGAGGUCUAAGAGAUUCUUGGAAAUUCAAAAAUUGAGAGAAAACAAACAAGAGUAUGACGUGAAGAAAGCAAUAUCUUUGUUGAAGCAAAUGGCAAGUACAAAGUUUGUAGAAACUGCUGAAGCUCAUUUUCGUCUUAACAUUGACCCAAAGUAUAAUGAUCAGCAACUCAGAGCAACGGUAAAUUUGCCUAGAGGAACUGGGCAGACUGUGAAAGUGGCUGUACUUACACAAGGUGAAAAGUUCGAUGAAGCUAAAGCUGCAGGGGCAGAUAUAAUUGGUGGGGAAGACUUGAUAGAACAAAUAAAAGGAGGUUUCAUGGAAUUUGACAAAUUGAUUGCAUCUCCAGAUAUGAUGCCAAAGGUUGCCAGCCUAGGGAAGAUUCUAGGACCACGUGGUCUCAUGCCAAAUCCAAAAGCUGGUACUGUUACAACUAAUAUACCCCAGGCGAUAGCAGAAUUCAAGAAAGGAAAAGUAGAAUACAGAGCUGAUAAAACUGGAAUUGUUCACAUUCCGUUUGGGAAAGUUGACUUUUCGGAAGAAGACCUCCUCAUUAACUUUCUAGCUGCAGUAAAAUCAAUAGAAGCAAACAAGCCGUCUGGUGCCAAAGGAGUCUACUGGAAGAGUGCUCACAUAUGCUCAUCAAUGGGGCCAUCCAUCCGGUUAAACAUAAGGGAGAUGCUCGACUAUAAGCUUCAGUAAAAACAGAGCCAAACACAUGUAUAUGAUGUCUUCAACUGUUCAAUCAGCCUUCUUGGGGGUCUCGAGCAGAGCGCGUCAAUGUUUGAAUAGAUGGAAUGUCCAAAGUGAAGCCAGAAAUGGGGUUGGUUGUAAGAUUCAGUUGCAUUUUAAUCAGAACAUGGACAAAAAGAUCAUGUACUAGUCUUUGCAGUCAAUAUUUAUGAUUUUCAAUGUCAUUUGAUUUCUUUGAUUCCAAACUGGAAUUUCACUUGGAUCAUCCCUGGGCAGUUGGUAGUAUUUCUUUAUUUGGUCUGUCCAGAGAAAAUGUACAUUAGGGUUUCCUUUUUCUUCA